UCCCCCCUCCCCCCAGCUCUCGUUUGGUGGGGGGACGGUGCCGGCCGGGGCGCGGAGAUCGCAGCCUCAGGGGUUUGGGGAGGUGACGCUGCUGAUCUAAGCACUCCCUGCCCCAGCAGCACCCCAUGGCUGUGCGAUACCCCUGUCUCUGCUUUUGCUGCGGCAGCCGGGGCCGGGACCGGGGCCAAGGCCAGGGCCCGGAUCGGAGUCGAGCGGAGCCGUGCUGAACCGACCCGCCCCCGGCCCCGCCCGGCCGCGCGUCCCCCGCCAUGGCGGCGGCAUUCAGGGUCCUGCGUGUCCUGCUCGGGCUCUUCUUCCUGCUGACCGGCGCCGUCAAGCUCACGGAGCAGCUCUCGGCCGACCUGCACCGGCACAUGCAGUCGCAGUUCGUGCGCUUUGCCGAGGUCUUUCCCCUGAAGGAUUUGGGGUUCACGCCGGAGCCAGGCCAGUACCUGGCAGUGGUGGGCUGGGUGGAGGUGGUGGCUGGGCUGCUGCUGGCGUUCGGGCCCCAGCUCCUGCAGGAGAUCAGCAAUUUCAUCCUCAGUGUCAUCAUGAUCGGUGCCAUCUACACGCUGCUGGUGCUGCGGGAGCCCCUGGCCAUGUGUGCCCCUGCCACCCUCUGCCUCGGCCUCCUGCUGCUCCUCAACAUCCGUGGGUAUGGGCCCCCCUCAAAGCCCAAGUUCGAGUGACAGGAGGCGGGACGGGUGGCUGGGGUGGAAGGGUGGCAGGAAGGGUGGCCGGACACACGGCAGGAUGGUUGGCUCAGCUGUCAGGAGGAGAUGCCCUUACAGCAUUUUCUAGGACAGCAUCGUACCCUGUGAGGUAACCUGGGACUGCUGCAUGGUGUAUCCUCUCCGGCUGCUGCCAGGGAUCCUGGAGCUGGUUGUCCCCACGCUGUGUGACCCAGGCUGGUGCUGUGGGACUGCUGGGGCUGCUGCACCACCGUGGCACUGCCACCACUCUGGCAGCUCCGUUGUUAAACCUGCACAAGGUGACCAGCUCUUCCUGGGGCUCAGCCGGGCUGGGGCUGGCUCUGCUCUCCUGCUGGCUUUUGUAUUUUGGAAUAAAACCUCUU